GCAGACAGUAUGUGUAACAUCGGCACAGCUGCAGACUGACAAACUUUGCACUGCAAGAUUAUACGGGGUGCUGUAUGGUAGUGUGAGUCUGAGAGGCGCAUACCGGAAGACAAGACACACAAACCCGCGACGUCACAGACAUGGACGGUAAAGUUGCCCUGGUAACAGGAUCCACAACGGGCAUUGGUUUAGGAAUAGCCAAUCAUCUCGCAGAAAAAGGAUGUUCGAUCAUUUUGACUGGAUUGGGAAGCCAAGAGCUCAUCGAUUCCAUCCUGAAGGAUUUUAAAAAAUACAAAGGCCGAGUUGAUUAUGUUGCCGCUGACCUCUUUGACCCUGUGUCUAUUGCAACCUUCUGUGACAAAGUCUGUGAUAUACACCCUGAUGGAGUUGAUAUCCUCGUCAACAACGCAGGUAUUCAGUACGUCAGAGCCGUCGAAGACUACCCCCUGGAGAAGUGGAAUCAGAUGAUUGCCAUAACCCUGACGGCGCCAUUCCUUCUCACCAAACACUUCCUGUCACGGAUGAAACAGAAGGGCUGGGGUCGCAUCAUCAACAUGUCUUCACAGAUGGCGGUGAUCAGCACCAAUGGCAAAGCUCCAUACUCCGCAGCUAAAUCCGGCCUCGUGGGCUUCACUAAGGGCGUGGCGCUUGAGGCUGCUGAAUUCGGCGUGACGUGCAACGCCAUCUGCCCCGGGUUUGUUGAUGCUCCAAUGGCCAUUCGGCAGAUGGAGGAUAUGUCUAAAGAAAAGGGGAUAAGUUUCAAGGCUGCGAGGGAACAUUUCACCAACGAGCAUCCAACCAAGAAACCUGUCACUAUAGACGAGGUGUGUGGUCUCGUUGACUUCCUGUGCACAUCAUCAGCAGACAACAUGACAGCAAGCGCCAUCUUGAUGGACGGCGGGAACGUUGCUCACUAGCACAAUGUCCGGCAGGGCAGGAGUGACACUACGUCCAUGAAGUAAUCAGAUUCUAUUGAUAAAUAACCACAAUUCCAAUACCACAAUUCUAGAAAUCUGGAGUACGAGUGACGCUGAGAUUUGCUAUUUGAUAAUAAUCUUGUCCAGAUAUUUUGGGGGAAAGUCAUUUGGCCUCAGGUUCUUGAUGGACGGCGGGAACGUUGCCCACCAGCACAAUGUCAAGCAGGGCAGGAGAAGUGAAACGAGAUCCAUGAAGUAACCAGAUUCUAUUGAUAAAUAACCACAAUUCCAAUGCCACAUUUCUGUCAUUCUCGAGCACGACUGGCCUGAGAUUUGCUAUUUAAUAAUAAUCUUGUCCAGAAUUCCAAACAAAUUGUCAGAGAAACAUUUUAUGUCCAAGAGCAGUGACUAUCUCUUUCUUUCUAUGUUGAGCUUUCUAUGAUAAGAGCUACACGAAGGACUUGGUUCCUUCUGAUGCCAGAAAAUGUGGCUGUCUUUGAAGUAUCGCCCUCUAACAUCCAACAUUAGUUUCUUCAGUAUAUAUUUGAUUGUUCGUUUGACAUCAACACAACAUUUAUAGAGAAAAAACAACAAGUAUGAGCAAGUUUGUUAUCCAAGACGUAAUAGUCAUCAGACAAUGGUGUUGUUAUUUCCAUCAACAUUAAUAAGUAUUUUACGAAAGAAUGUUUAUGUUGAAAAUUCUGAAUAAAAGUUUCGAAAAAAA